AUGCAAGACAUCUUCGGAUCAGUCCGCCGAUCACUCGUGUUCCGGCCACCGGACACCGACGACUCCCCGGUAACCCUAGUCGACAAGAUCACCGCCUCCCUUCGGAAAUCCCGAGUCUUCUCCAAACCCUCCCCGCCGCCGCCGUCCUCCUCCGUCCCUAAAGAGACCGCGCCUCCGAUCCGAUGGCGCAAAGGCGAGUUGAUCGGCUGCGGCGCCUUCGGCCGCGUCUACAUGGGCAUGAAUCUCGGCUCCGGCGAGCUUCUGGCCGUUAAGCAGGUUCUUAUCGCAGUGAACAGCAAGGAGAAAGCUCAGGCUCACAUCAAGGAGCUUGAGGAAGAAGUGAAGCUUCUGAAGAAUCUAUCUCAUCCAAACAUUGUUAGAUAUUUGGGUACAGUGAGGGAGGAGGAAACCUUGAACAUUCUGUUGGAGUUUGUCCCUGGUGGAUCUAUAUCAUCACUUUUGGGAAAAUUUGGAUCUUUCCCUGAGGCUGUAAUGAGAACAUACACCAAGCAGUUGUUGUUGGGAUUAGAAUAUUUACACAAAAAUGGAAUAAUGCACAGGGACAUUAAGGGAGCAAAUAUCCUUGUUGAUAACAAAGGAUGCAUUAAGCUUGCAGAUUUUGGUGCAUCCAAACAGGUGGUGGAGCUGGCAACAAUUUCUGGUGCUAAGUCUAUGAAGGGUACGCCAUACUGGAUGGCUCCUGAAGUUAUUCGUCAGACUGGUCAUAGCUUCUCUGCUGAUAUAUGGAGUGUUGGAUGUACUGUGAUCGAGAUGGCCACCGGAAAGCCUCCUUGGAGCGAAAAGUACCAAGAGGUUGCUGCUCUCUUCCAUAUAGGGACAACAAAGUCUCAUCCACCAAUCCCUGAGCACAUUUCCUUUGAGGCGAAAGACUUUUUGUUAAAAUGUCUGCACAAGGAGCCAAAUUUGAGGCCGACGGCAUCUGAGUUGCUUCAAAUUUACUACCAUCAGGAAGAUUCUGAGAUCCCUUCUCCAUCAUAUUCUUCAAACCUACAGACCUUUGAGAUGUCGACAUGCCGAGAUUCAUCUGAUAUGUGUACUAUGGAUAGUUUGCACUGCUCAACCAUACAUCCUGACAGGGUGUUGGAAAGUACACACAUUUGGAGAAGAGACAGUGAUGAUGACAUGUGUCAGAUUGAUGACAAAGAUGAUGUUAUGGUCGGUGAAGUAAACCUCAAUUCUUUCUAUAUGCCCGACGACCUUAAGAGCUUUAACCCCAUGUGCGAGCCCACUGAUGAUAUGAGGUGCCAAUUUCACCGAAGUUCAGAAACCGAACAAAAUGUCAGGAAUCUGGAUACUAGCCACCAAAUUGAUAUCCAUGCUGGCUGUUCUGGAACAAUUGGUGCGGAUGAAAAAGAUUUUUCAUUUCCUUGUGGUCGAUCUCUUUCGGAGGAUGAUGAUGAGCUUACUGAAUCGAAAAUUACUGCGUUCUUGGAUGAAAAGGCUCUGGAACUGAAGAAACUGCAAACACCUCUUUACGAAGAGUUUUACAACAGCAUGAAUGUAGUGGGUUCUCCAAGUUUUGUGGAUAGCUCACCUGAUGAAACUACUUCGAAGUACUUGAAAUUACCUCCCAAAAGCAGAUCACCCAUACGUAGUCCAAUUGGCACUCCAUCUGCAGUAGCUGAUGCACUUGGUACUGUAAGCCCUGGGAGUAGUGGUAGGCGCGUAUCAAAUAUUGGUAAUGCGAGCAAUCAAAACUUAAAGGACAUGUCAUCACCUCCUCACACUGAUCGGAAAGGGUUUGGAGUUGAUGCUCAGCAAGAGCCAGGCAGCCCAAGUAUGAGCUUCUCUGAGAUACAAAGGAAGUGGAAAGAAGAGCUUGAUCAGGAGCUAGAGAGAAAGCGAGAGAUGAUGCGUCAAGCAGGUGUAGGGAAAACAUCAUCGCCAAAAGAUCGAGCUCUAAAUAAGCAGAGAGAGCGGACAAGGUUUGCAUCUCCAGGCAAAUGAUCUAAUUGUCCUGGAGAAAUAGUUGUAUUUUUCCAUCGGGAGUUCAUCAGAAAUGGACUUUUUGGUGAAAUCGGUAAAUAUCUCCCUGGUGCUCGGGUUUGCUAGCUCCACUUGGAAACUGCAGCGCUGCAACAUCUCAUGCAUUCUAUUCAAUUUCUCAUUGUGCAACCUAUGAUUGUGUCAUUGUAUGUUCGUUCUAACAAAGGCCAAAGCUAGUGUAAGCAGGCUUGUAUAAAGC